GCUUCCGGUCAUGCGCGGCGAGCGGCGCACGCGCACGCAGCCGCUCCGUCAUUGGCGUGGGCGGGGCGCUUGGCGCGGAGCAGCGGGGCCGGCGGAGAGGGGGCGAGCCGGGGGCGGGAUCCUUUCCUGGAAGCCCAGGUGGACGCGCAGCCCUAUCUCUGCCAAAAUGACCUCCCUGGGCACGAGUAGCCAGUCGGUUACAGAGUAUGUGGUGCGAGUACCCAAAAACACACCCAAGAAGUACAACAUCAUGGCCUUCAACGCCGCCGACAAGGUCAACUUCACCACCUGGCACCAGGCAAAAAUGGAGCGAGAUCUCAGCAACAAGAAGAUCUACCAGGAAGAGGAGAUGCCAGAGUCGGGGGCUGGCAGCGAGUUCAACCGCAAGCUGCGCGAGGAGGCACGCCGCAAGAAGUAUGGCAUUGUCCUCCGGGAGUUCAAGCCCGAGGACCAGCCCUGGAUCCUCAAGGUCAACGGCAAAGCUGGGCGCAAGUUCAAAGGGGUGAAGAAGGGCGGCGUGACCGAGAACGCCUCCUACUACAUCUUCACGCAGUGCCCCGACGGCGCCUUUGAGGCCUUCCCGGUUAGCAACUGGUACAACUUCACCCCUGUGGCCAAGCAUCGCACCCUGACGGCCGAGGAGGCGGAGGAGGAGUGGGAGCGGCGGAACAAGGUGCUGAACCACUUCACCAUCAUGCAGCAGCGGCGGCUGAAGGACCAGGAUGACGAGGAGGAAGAGAAGGAGAAGAAGACCAAGAAGAAGAGCAGCGAGCUGAAGAUCCACGACCUGGAGGACGACCUGGAGAUGAGCUCAGACGAGAGCGAGCUGAGUGACGCUGAUGCUACAGGGGAGAAGGCAGCCAAGCCCCAGAAGAAAACUCCGCUGACCAAGAAGAAGAAGAAGAAGAAGAAGGGCUCGGACGAUGAGGCCUUCGAGGACAGUGACGACGGAGACUUUGAGGGGCAGGAAGUAGAUUACAUGUCAGACGGAUCCAGCAGUUCGCAGGAGGAGGCAACAGUGGGGAAGCCCAAGGUGACAAAGGAAGAGGACGGUCCCAAAGGGAUCGACGAGGCGAGCGAGAGCAGCGAGGAGAGCGAGGAGGAGAAGCCUGCCGAGGAGAAGGAGGAGGAGGAAGAAGAGAAGAAGGCCCCCACCCCUCAGGAGAAGAAGAAAAAAAAGGACAGCAGUGAUGAGUCGGAGACGUCAGAGGAGAGCGACAUCGACAGCGAAGCGUCCUCUGCACUCUUCAUGGCGGUUGAUUCCAAUCAGGGGGUUAUGCCUGGAUCCCCCGGAUUCAAACAGUGCCUCUCCUGCCAGGAGGCCAUCCCCGUCGGUGACGGGCACCCCCAUUGCCUCCGGUGCUUGGGAGAGGCACACGUGCCCCAAAAGUGCACGCAUUGCCUUAACCUUAAGGCUCACAGUCAGAAAGCCCGUGACCUGAAGGCAAAACCCCAAACGAAGGAGCACUCGCUGCGGCCAGCCUCAGACCCUGGUCCCGGGACCCGCCCUGGACAACAGUCACCGUCAGCACCAGCUGCUCCGUACUCCCUGCGGGCUACGAAGAGGAAAUCAACAGAUUCCUCGCGAAAAGACACUAAAAAGUGAGCCUCACGUCCGCCCACCAAGGAGCCAUGGAAAAGAAAGAGGUCCCCAGCGAGAUCAGUAGCUUUGGCCCCGACAGGUAUAAUACUGAGCACCUAUGACGCUCCUGGGACCUCCGGUAUCGUCAAUGCCGGUAAGUCCAAGGACCCCAAGAGGGCAAGACUGGACAAGCCUGCACCGUCGGACGACAGAGGCAAGGAAAAACCCAAAGCCUCAAAGACGGAACCGACCAGCCCCAUGGCACCGGGCACUUUGGCGCCGCCUGCUGGACAUUCAGCGGCACAUAGAACAACCUUGGCGCUGACAAGACAGUCAACACUGACACAACUGCCUCCCACGGUACCGAAGAUGCCCCAGGAGUUUAGAUUCCCAAAAGACGGAUUGAUCUCUGAGAUGCCAGAGUCUCCACCGCUCCAUACUGGGACAGCUGCAGUACACGCCAAACCGCCGGAGGCGCACAUGGUACCCACCCGCUCACCCUCACCAUCCAGGACUGCCCCCUCCUUCUCCAGUGGAGAUGAGGAGGAAAAUGAUGCUUACUCUGUGCCUUCACGCAGCUGCCCUUCACGUCGGGGUGCUGCACGACUUGACUCUUCUGCCCGCCAUAGGUACCAGGAGCCCAGAGGUGACCCAACACCCUGGUAUGGACUCCCAUGGAUGCCCCCCUUCAUGCCUGUGCCCCAACAAUGGCCUUGCUGGGAUCCAUGGGCCGCUUACAGGCAACAGUUUUCCAGGCCAUCCAAUACCCAGAGGGAGGAACUGAGGCACUCCCUGUCAUCUUCAGUAUCCAGACCUCCCGAGCCUGAAGAAGAAUCUGUCAAGGAGCAGGAGGAAAGGCUCAAGCAGGAAGCUACGCCUGCACCCAAUAUACCGUCGUCCUCAGCGGCCAAAGCAGUCGUGCCUCCCCCUCCGUUAUCGGCUGAUGAUGAUUUCCGACAGCGUCAGGAGCUGUUCAGACAGAUCGCAGAUUCUCUCCACAUCCCAUUAGAGGAACCAAGAGAGUCGCGAUGCAUGUUUCUGGAUAUACUGCCCACAUCAACCAAGAUCGGGUUGCCUAUACUUAAGGCCCUCUUAGACCCAGCUAAAGCGGUCUGGCAAACUCCAGCCACGAUCCCUCCCACCUGUAAGAGGGCUGAGAAGAACUAUAUUGUCCCCUCAAAGGACAUGGAGUUUUUAUCUUCGCUGCCCACACCAAAUUCAAUGGUGGUCUUGGCGGUGAACGAAAGGGAGAGACUACGUCUGACCAACCCGUAUGACAAAGAUUGGAAGAAACUAGAUUUGCUGGGCCGUAAAGCAUACUCCUCGGCAGCUCUCCAAUUCCGAAUUGCCAAUUACAAGGCAUUCAUGUCAAGGUAUAAUCACACGAACUAUUCAAAACUGAACAAAUUUAUUCAAUGUAUCCCAGAGGACAAGAGAGAACAAUUCUAGGCAAUCGUGACAGAGGGACAGCUGCUGGCAAGGACGGCAUUCCAAGCAUCCCUAGAUGCAGCAGACACAGCUGCUCGCUCCAUAGCAACAGCAGUGGUCAUGAGGCGAGCUUUGUGGCUACGUCUUUCGGGACUCCCAAAGUACAUACAAGCGACAGUGGAGGAUUUUCCCUUUGAAGGCUCCAACUUAUUUGCCAAGAAGACCGAUGACUAUUUCCACUCCAUCCGGGCUGCAAGAGAGACGCUGAGAGCAUUACAUGUCUCCACACCUGUACCAAGAAGGCGGCAGAAUAGAUACCAUGCUACCUCGAGAUCUCGAACCUCUGCAGUUCCCCCACCUCAACAACACUACGACCCGGAAAUGACCGAUACCUCCCAAAUGUAACCGCCCCCGACAUGGUCAAGUGCAUCUCACCAACCCACCUCACAACAGGCAUUUUGAAAAUGGGAUCGAGGCUCCGAGAUGCCUCCUGGCUCCAUGUGCUGUGACCACCAGAAAACAUCCAUCAGUUUGGCAACCGCCUGACCCCGUUCUACCCAGUGUCACCUUGGAUAAGUGGGUGUUGGAAAUGGUCAACAACGGAUACUUGAUUCAAUUUCUCUCUCUCCCUCCCUCUCCCCCCCACCCCACCCCCUGGCACCUUCUGCAGGAAGAAAUAAUCCACUCGGGGGCUGUAGAGCCAGUUCUGAUCCAACACCACGGGAGAAGCUUUUAUUCCAACUAUUCCCUCAUGCCAAAAAAGAGCAGCGGGUGGAGACCCAGUCUAGACAUGAGAACGCUCAACAAGUUCGUUCGUUCAACAACGAUGAUUCAGCAUGGUCACGUUAGCAACAAUAAUCCCAACACUGGACCAGUGGGAUUGAUCUCGGCCCUCAACCUCCUAGAUGCAUGUUUUCACAUUACCAUACACCAUCUCCCAGAGAUUCCUCAGAUUUGUUCUGGGCUUGGAUCCCAGCCAGUACAAAGUACUUCCCUUUGGCCUCUGGCCCCAGGGAAGCUCCUUGUGGUGUGGUGCACCUCCGCCAACAGGCAAUUAUGAUAUUCCCAUACUCGUCUAAUUGCCUUCUUAAAGCCCCCCCUUGAGACGACACAGUCCUGGCUACACAGAGAACUAUGGACCUUUUCUCACAACUAGGCCUUCAAAUAAACACUCAAAAA